AUGUCCAAUGAAAUGAACACUCUUGAGCUUGCGGGCUGUCCUGGCCAUGACAUUCCUAUCAGUUCCAUUGAGCUUUGGUGUGUACAUGGGGAUUGUGACUACCACUGGCUAAUCACCUAUACUCAUCCUUCCGGGAGCACGACAAGUGUGAGCCGGGAGAAGAACAUCUCAAUAAAGUGGAUUCAAGACAUUCCACGUGAGAAAGCUAUCGCCACCAUCAUCUUCCCGGUCACGUAUAAGUGCCCGGACCUCAGAGGUAUUGCAUCUCACAUAUGGAAUUCAUAUGAAGAUUGUGACUACAGAUGUACCGAGUUCGUAUAUGUUUUGCUCUGGGACUACAAGCGCCGGGAAUUUAUCCGUGAUACAGAAGACCAAGUGCAAAAUCUCCUGUGUCGAAUGGAUGCAGUGCAGGAAGAAAUGUCGGCUUUUCAAGUCCCGCAACACCUCGAACAAUUCCGCCGCCCCCUUUCUGAAGCACCGUCUGACUUGGAAGUUGGAGUCCUCAUCUUUUCACCUUUGAAGGAUCGCGUGCUUCUCGUCAAGAGGUCGGAGAGAGUCAGCCACAAAGACACCUGGGAAUGUCCUGGUGGGGCCGUCGAGCGGAGCGACAAGUCUAUUGUGCAUGGUGCUGUUCGUGAGUGUCGUGAGAAGAUCCAACUUCAUAUUUCUGCUUUUCUUGAUGUCAUGCAGGACGUGUGGCCGAAAGGAAACCGACAAGUGUGCAAGUUCAUAUUUAUUGUGAACGUGCACGAGAGCAAAGAGCCUGAGCAACUGUUGACAAAGGUAGUACUCAAUCCUGCCGAGCACCAACAAUUCCGGUGGGCGACGCGAAUGGAGAUAGAAAACAUGGGUGCAGCUCUGUUUUUACCAAAACAAAAAGGCAUCAUACUGGAUGCUUUUGAAUUCCUGGGGACUCUGGGCUGGUAG